ACAAAAUCCAACAAUUAUUACUACGUCCUGUAUUCAGCCUCCCGAGCCACCUUCGUCUCUUCCUUCGACACUCCGCUCUCGCUGCGCUGCCUCAUCAUCGUUCUCAUGGCGAACGAGCUCGAAGAGCUCCUAGGGUUUCUCUCCUCCCCUUCUCCCCAGGUUAAGAAUGCGGCGGUGGACAUCGUUCGCGGCCUCACGGGCUCCGACGAGGGCCUCCGCUCUCUCACCGCGUACUCCAACGUCGCCCUCCCCCGCCUCCUCCCCCUCCUCCGCGACCCGCCGGAGACCGCCGCCGCAGCCGCCGAGGCCCUCGUCAACCUCUCCCAGGACGCCGACCUCGCCGCCAAGCUCGUCUCCCUCGGCUCCGUCGCCACCGCCAUUGAUGUUCUCUACAAGCACCCCGACCACCCCGCCCUCGCCCGCGGCCUCGUCAUGCUCCUCACUAAUCUCACCCAGGUCGAAUCCGGCAUCGCCGCCCUCCUCCAGAUUGGAGAUGAUAAGGUGGAAGGUCUGAAUGUUGCGAAGCUUGUUAGAUCGUUCUGUAGGUCAUCUUCUCGCGAAUCGGCAGAUGAUACCUUCGAACAUGUAGCUUCAAUACUAGUAAACAUCUCAAAGGUGGAAGCCGGAAGGAAGAUUCUAUUGGAACCUAGGCGCGGUCUUCUGAAGCAGGUCAUCCAUCAAUUUGAUUCCACAAAUCCACUGAGAAAGAAAGGGGUAGCUGGCACCAUUCGCAAUUGUUGCUUUGAAGCUGAUAAUCAACUACAGAAUUUGCUUUUGAUAUCAGAGUAUCUUUGGCCAGCUCUUCUUCUACCUGUAGCCGGCAAUAAGAUCUACAAUGAAGAAGAUAGAUCGAAAAUGCCACUUGAGCUUGCUAAUGCACUUUCUCAUGAGCGGGAAACAGCUGACGACCCAGAAAUUCGCCAACAAGCAUUGGAAGCUAUUUACUUGAUAUCCUUGCAGGAAGCUGGAAGAAGAGCUCUCUGGUCUGUAAAUGGUCCGCGGAUAUUGCAAGUUGGUUAUGAAGAUGAGGAGGAUCCAAAAGUAAUGGAAGCGUACGAGCAGAUUGGCUCUCUGCUGGUCGGUAACGGUGAAGCUGAACCGCCAUGACAAGAAACAAUGAAUAGAAGAUGAGGAUUUGUCUUCGUAUCAACCCGUCUAGAAAGUUCACCCGGUAUUUAUUCAUCAGACACACUGUAGUCUGUAAAGAUAUUAGUCUUCAUCGUAUUCAGAUUGUUUUUCACUUAUGUUAUAAAAACUUAAUGCAGUAUCGUUUUAGUUUCAAUUACAUAAUUAUAGAUUAAUUGGUUUAUAUCUUCCUACAGAGUUAGGUUAAUCAUGUAUUAUUUCGAUUGGGUAACAUAGUGGCUAAUAUCCAAAAAUUUAAAUGCCGUGGCAGAGGCCGUGUUGACAACUUGCAAGCA